CUCAAUUUAGAGCUCUCAUUAUAAAACAACUUCUUACUCUUUCACUUUGGAGGUUCUCAAUUUCUUUCUCUGCAAGUCUUAAAAAAUAUUCAUCUCCUUCACUUUCUCUCUCAUCGGAAAUCUCCUGCAGAACUCUCUCUAAUGUCGACCGAAGAAGAGGUUAAACGUAAGGCCGCCAUUGCCGAGUACAAUAAGAAGCUCCUUCAACAUCGGGAGCUUGAAUCUCGCAGCAGGAAAGUGAAGGAGGAGCUGCGAAGUGCAAAAAAGGAGUACACUAAAACAGAGGAUGAUCUAAAGUCGCUUCAGAGUGUUGGACAGAUCAUUGGAGAAGUCCUUAGACCCCUUGACAAUGAAAGAUUAAUUGUGAAAGCUAGCAGUGGACCAAGGUAUGUGGUUGGUUGUCGUAGCAAAGUGGACAAGGAAAAGCUAACUUCUGGAACACGAGUGGUACUUGACAUGACUACCCUCACCAUUAUGCGUGCUCUUCCACGUGAAGUUGAUCCAGUUGUAUAUAAUAUGCUUCAUGAAGAUCCUGGGAAUAUCAGCUAUUCUGCUGUAGGAGGGUUGUCUGAUCAAAUCCGGGAACUGAGGGAAUCCAUUGAGCUCCCAUUAAUGAAUCCCGAGCUUUUCAUUCGGGUGGGAAUUAAACCUCCAAAGGGUGUUCUUCUCUAUGGGCCUCCAGGAACUGGCAAGACAUUGUUAGCUCGAGCUAUAGCUAGUAAUAUAGAUGCAAAUUUCCUUAAGGUGGUAUCGAGUGCUAUCAUAGAUAAGUACAUUGGUGAAAGUGCAAGACUGAUCCGUGAAAUGUUUAAUUAUGCUAGAGAACACCAGCCCUGCAUCAUCUUCAUGGACGAGAUUGAUGCCAUAGGAGGUCGUCGAUUCAGUGAGGGCACAAGUGCUGACCGUGAAAUUCAGAGAACCCUCAUGGAAUUGCUGAAUCAACUAGAUGGAUUUGAUCAACUAGGCAAGGUGAAAAUGAUCAUGGCAACAAACAGGCCAGAUGUGCUGGACCCAGCACUUCUCCGUCCUGGGCGUCUGGAUAGGAAGAUAGAGAUUCCAUUGCCAAAUGAACAGUCGAGAAUGGAAAUUCUCAAAAUUCAUGCUGCUGGCAUUGCCAAACAUGGUGAGAUCGACUAUGAAGCAGUCGUCAAGCUAGCAGAGGGAUUUAAUGGGGCUGAUCUACGGAACGUUUGUACUGAAGCUGGCAUGUCAGCUAUACGCGCUGAGAGAGAUUAUGUGAUUCAUGAAGACUUCAUGAAGGCCGUGAGAAAGCUAAAUGAAGCAAAAAAACUAGAGUCCAGUGCUACCUACUCUGCAGAUUUUGGAAAGGAUUAGUGAAAUUUCUUAUAGUUCUUUGUUGUAUCAUGGAUUAUUCAAGUUGCAACUACGGAUUUUUUUUCAAUGAACAAUCGUUAGCUAUACAACAAAUCAACAAUCGCUUGAUUUGCUUCAACUCAAGUUCCUUUGUUAUUUUUGUUAGGUUCGGAUUACUUUUAAAUAUUUUCAAGUCUUCAAUUAUUAAUGCUUAUAAAAUUAUAAUCCUUUCUAUCU